AUGAACGCUUUACCAAAACAAGCAAGGUCACCAGCAGGAUUAAUACUGCCUGCAACAACAGCAGCUGGGCGGUCGUCGGUGGUUGACCGGGUCAAGUGGAUUGAGAAAACCCAUGGGGUAAAUGAUAUUGUGCCGCAGGCGCCGCGUGCACGGCUGCGUCUGCCUAAGCAUUUUGGGGAGAAACAGGGAGGAGCAGCAGCCACUGGCAGUGGUGGGCAGGCGGAGAAGCAGCUGGUAGCGGUGGCAGUGGCAGUGCCGGUGAAGGCUAAAGAAGCGAAGGCAAAGGCAAAGGCAGAGCCAGAGCCAGAGCCAGAGCCAGAGUCGGAGGCGGAAGAGUAUCAUGGCAUGGAGCAUGAUGAGGAGCAUGCUGCGGAUCAUGGUGUCGAGCAGGCUCCGGAAGCAUCAGAGUCGGAGUACGAAUCACCAGAUCACGCCGCAGCAGCACCAGCAGAGGCAAGGGCAGAAGCACCCGCCGAACCCAAAUCUCAAGCCGAGUACCACCCGCACUCCCCACCUCCCACCGACCACACACCCGACCCUCACCUCCACGCGCUUCCAUCGCCAGUUCCGAGCGAAAUCAGCACAAUCGCUCCACUCUCCCCUGCACCCUCCUUCUUCCCAGCAGAAUUCCCACUCAGCCACGAUCCACCCAAUGCGCAGUUCCCACCGGAGGAGCAGGGGGGGAGGGGUGUUAAACUUGGUCUCUUGCGGAGUCCGCAUAGGUCAAGAGCUAAUUCUGAAGAGUCCAUUGUCAGUUUGCAAGACGAUGACGAUGGGCUUCUGUAUAUGAGUCGGAGGUCGAGUGUCAGCGAUAUGGAGGGGUUUGAUACGGGGCCGGUGCACGUGCAGAUUAGUGGGAUUGGGGUCAGCGGGGGUUCUGGCGGCGCUGGCGGCUCUGCUGCUGCUGCCGCUGCCGCCGCCGCCGCCGCUGCAGAUAAAGGCAGCAAAGUGCGGUUGUUUCCGCGGUCAGUCAAGCCAGCGGCGGCAGCAAAGGCACCAGCACCAGUGCAGGCACUAACGCAGGCGCCAACGCAGGCGGCGCAGCCAGCCAAGUACGCUCGCAGCACAGACAGGCCGAGCAACAAAGACUCGGACACCGAAACGGCAAAGCUCAAGAGCCUUGGCGGGAUCCGCGGGCGAUCACAGCCCACAGCGCGCCGGUACAACCGCACCCAGCCCAUGUCGUCCUCAGGAUCCACCCACAGCGCGCAAGACACAUGUGAGCGGCCACAGAGCCCUGCCCUGGUGCAGAUUCAGGGAAGCCAAGGGCAUCGCGCGGUGAGCAGCUCAAGUCACACGGAGGACGGCAGCGAGGAUGACGGGUCGCUGCUUAGGAGACUGAAUAAAAUGUCCACCGUGAGGCCAAAUGUCCAGGAUUUGGUGAGCAACAAGCCGGCCCCGAAAUUUGUCAAACGGUCACCGCACUUUAAUACCACAUUGCUGACCAAUGCCACUGCGGGCCCCGUGGGGACAAGCACCGGCGGCAGCACGAAGCGUGGCGCCAAGACGCAGAAACGGUACAUUUGA